GUUGUCAGUACGUGUGAUGGGAGUCGUGCAGCGUGCAGCAUGUUGUAUCACCUGUUGCUGCAGACAGUAAACACACAACAGUCAGCAGGUGUGUCACCCGGUCAGCCUCACCUCCUGUUGUAUGAACUUUAUGACGGUGAAGACGUGGAGAAGGCCGUCAACGAGUUGUCACAGGCGGCGAGCGGAGAGUCGUUGUACGUCAUCGCUGAUGAACUAGCGAGUUUCAGGUUGGAGUUCUUCUGUAGCAAGCUGUUGACACAAGUUCCACGUCUCCAUCUGUGGGCGGCAAGUUGUUUCCAUGAAGACGCACCCGACGGCUGGCAAGUGGAAUAUUUAACCAGACCCCUCCGCUCUCCACCUGCCGUCGUCAGGGAAGUCGAGCAGAACGAGUGGAUCACUGUAACUCGUAAUGUCCUGCCGUACAGUGAGCGAGGUGUGUCCGACCACACAGACGGCCCGCCAGUCACACGACUGUAUCACCGAGGUCAGGGUCACUCAGGUGAAAACCCAGUUAACUGUGUCGCGUGCGGUCGUGAGGUGGCCAGCUUCCUACACAGUCUCCGUGUUGGUGUUACAGAGAGUGGCACAGCAACAUCUGCAACAGUAACCUCCAGUAGCGGCGACACAACACCACCGUGUCUACAGUGGAGAGACGUGCUAGUGUUGUACUGGAAUUACGUUAGAGACAACUCGGGUGUAGUGAAGGGACUGCAAGAAGCGGGUAUCCCAGUGCGGGUGAUGAAGGAUGAUGACAUCGAGGACGUGGCCACGGCCCACAGUGACGUGGUGUGGGUGGCGCAUGGACAUCGCGUUCGUGGUCUGGAGAGAAAAGUAGUCGUCUGUCUGACGUUGCAUAAUAAUGAUGGCUUUGACCGAUUUUACCUUAUGUCCCGCUGUACGUCACAACUUGUGAUUGUCUCCCCUGAUUAUGACUGACACUGACACUCACUCACCUGUCACCUGUUGUCGUCGUGUGUCUCUCUCUUACAUCAACACUUGUCAUCAGUGUUUCUCCUCUUCUACUCUCAGUCUAUCACCACGUCAUCACCUCAUGACGAUAUACACAUGACGUCAUACUAUUUUCUUACAUCACGAGGUCCGUGUCUCUGUUUACACAACAAGUAGUGUCAAUAUCAACAUUAUAAGAUCUACACACUUGUUCUUGUUUACACAACCACAGUUAGUGUUAGUGUCUGCAGUUCUAUCGACUAAAAUACAAAAUGUCUUUGUACAUCACUUUUAAAUUCUUUUGAUUAAGUAUUACCAGUGUGUGUCAUGCCUUUACUUUGUGUGUUUGUGCAUGAACGGCGCGCGGUAAAUGGUUGGAAGACAGAGAAUAUAGUAGGCUUUGUCGAUCAUCAUCAUCAUCAUCAUCAUCAUCAUCAUCAUCAUCAUCAUCAAUCAUCAAUCAUCAAUCAUCAAUCAUCAUCAUCAUCAUCAUCAUCAUCAUCAUUAAGAAUGAAGUUAGUCUGUGUCGGGUCGUGUUGGUUGGUAAUGUAAAAUUUUGUGUUGUAUUUUGUUAUAGAGUGUUGGUCAGCACUAUUAUGCUCAGUUUCUGUGCGGUUGAUCAGCUGUGACAUUGAUAUCAGUCUGUACACGACAGCGCUCUAACACACACACACACACACACACACACACACACACAAACACACAAACAAAUCUAUAUCACCAUGAAAUUAUUGUUCAAACACCAUUCACACACCCACACAAGCACAGAGCACUCUCUGUCUCUCUCUGGGAUGAGAAAAGGUCGAUGUCUCUACAAUGCUAUGUACCAAGACAACCAUUCACAGCUAUACUUUGCGUCUUUGGUAACAUCAGGACAAAGAAACAGAAUGAAAGAAGCAGGCGACAUGUC